AUCCGAACGAUUCAGAAGAAUAGUAAUAACACAAAAUGAAAUUAAAGCUCGAUGAUGGAAACUCGAUCUGCUGCUAAAAGGAAAAGGCUACUAUUGAUCCAAACUCGCUGCCAAGGCAGCGACCGCCGCGCCGAAGACCGCCUGAGUGAUCUCCCUGACGCCGUCCUUUACCACAUUCUCUUCCUCCUCCCUAUUAAAUCCGUCGCGCAGACCAGCGUCCUCUCCCGGCGAUGGAGGCAGCUCUGGUACUCCUUCCCCGAUCUAGACUUCACCACCCUCAAUCCCUUCACCAUCCCAUCGCCGCUCAAGAUGGACCAACUGCACUCUUGGGUUUCCAUCGAAGCUGACUCCAUCAACCGCAUCUUGGAUCUCCGGCGGCGAAAUUCCCCGAUAAGAGCCCUCCGUUUCCGCGCCCACAUCACCUUCUCCCGCCUCAACCGUCUCAUCCGCCGUGCCGUCAACCUCGACGUCCAAGAAUUGGACAUCGAGGUCGCCACGGCCGACUACUUCAACUUCCCGAGGAGUGUCAUAUCCUGCGACACUCUAAGGGUUUUCAAGCUGAAGUCGAGAUACCCCGGAUUCAGGUUCCCGCCUUCCGCGGUCAUAAAUGGCGGUUUCCAGUCGUUGCAAACGUUGUCGCUGUCGUUUAUCAUUUUAAAUGACCAGCCGUCGCUUGUGAACGUGUUCACGGAUUCCUCGUUUCCCAUGCUGAAGAAGCUGAACCUGGACAGGUGCAAGGGCCUGAUGCAUCUGAGCGUGAGUUGCCGGGCGUUGGAGGAGUUAGGGCUUGAGCAGUGUUGCCAGAUGGAGCGUUUGGAGGUGGUGGGGCCCAAACUGGAGAGGCUGCGGGUGGUAGAAUGUUUUGACUCGUACAGCAGAAAUGAGAGUUGGGUCAAAAUCGAUGCCCUAAGACUCCAAAACAUUCUCUGGUCCGACAAUACGCUCACUGAUAGAUGUUGUUUACAGAAUUUAGGGUCUCUCCGGGAAGCGUUUGUCGGCUUCUUUAUCCUUUCGGACGACCUGAGUGAAGUCAAACUUCAAAGUGUAUCCCAUUUUUUGUCCGGCAUUGCCUCUUCUCGCUCUUUAAUACUUGAUUAUCUCUCUAUCCAGAUUCUGUCAAGAAACAAUCACAUUGCUGGUGUUUCAUUGUGUGGUUUCAACAAACUGAAAUCCUUGGAAUUGCGCACGGGAUUAAGCAAGCAUAUUAUUCCGGAAUUAGCAAACCUAUUCAGGGGUGCUCCAGCCAUCCACACGCUUAUAAUCAAGAUUGAAAGAAGUAUGUGGAAGACGGGGCAAAGGCAUGUAUCAAGCAGAUCAGUGGGAGAAGAAUAUUGGGAAUCACAAAGAGAAGGCAUGAAGGGCUUUUUGGAGCAUUUAGGGGUUGUGAAGAUUCAUGGAGUGACGGAGUGCGAGAAUGAGACGAUAAGCUUCGUGAAGUUCGUCUUGAAGCAUGGAAAUGUGUUGCAAGAAUUGUUGCUAUAUGGAAAAAGACGACGCAAAUCGUGGGAUUAUUCUCUUGUGCCCGAAAAACUCAAAUCCCAAAUCUUGGGAUUUUCACGUGCUUCUUGUAAUGCCAAGAUUGCAUUUUACUAAUCUAAAACCAUUCCUGAUUUCCAAUGAGUGAUCAGAUAUUAAUUGGUCAAUGAGAU